GCCCCUAGUCCAUCCUGACGGUCAGCCUGUCCUACAUGGUGGGGAUGAUCGCCAGCUUCUACGACACUGACGCCGUCAUCAUGGCCGUCGGCAUCACCGUGGUCGUCUGCUUCACCGUCGUGAUCUUCUCCCUGCAGACCAAGUAUGACUUCACCUCAUGCCGGGGCGUCCUCAUCAUCUGCCUCGUCGUGCUCAUCCUCUUCUCCAUUCUCUGCAUCUUCAUCCGGAACCGCAUCGUGGACAUCAUCUACGCCUCGCUGGGGGCCCUGCUCUUCACCUGUUUCCUGGCGGUGGACACGCAGCUGAUCCUGGGGAACAAGCAGCUGGCGCUGAGCCCCGAGGAGUACAUCUUCGCCGCGCUCAACCUCUACACUGACAUCAUCAACAUCUUCCUCUACAUCCUCGCCAUCAUCGGCAGGGCCAAGGAGUAGCUCCCCCCGGCCCUGCUGCCCCGUGCAGCCCCCCGGGUUCGAGCCCCCCCUCCCUGUAGCCGGUUUUGUUGCUGUUCUCAUCGUGCCCCCCCGGUGGUUCUGCGUGGCCCCAGUUCCUGCCCCACGGGGCUCGCUGGUACGGGGGUUCUCACCACGCCCCCCCAGUUCCCCGCUCUCCCCUGCUGUGAAUAUGAUUCCCCCCUGCCUCGUUGCAUUGAACGUGGACUGGAAGCACUUUGAAGCCCCCUCCGUCCUGUCCUG